UGUGUGUGUGUGUGUGUGUGUGUGUGUGUGUGUGUGUGUGUGUGUGUGUGUGUGUGUGUGUGUGUGUGUGUGUGUGUGUGUGUGUGUCUGUUUUUCCUUCUCUGACCCUGUGCGUCUGUCCGUGUGUGUGUGUGUGCAGUACAGUGCAGAGAGGUGAGACAGUGUGGACUCUGGCAGCCUGCUGGCUAGGACGGCUGGGUCCUUUGAGAGGUUUGACUGUCAGCUCAGAGGUGCUAUAAAGAUGACAGCAGAUUCCCAUUCAGUCAGGGCCAGUCUCUGGGCUUCUCUCUCCUAUUGUUACUUUCAGUCUCAAGGCUGCACAUUCAGAUCCAUUCAUGACUACUGCUUCUCCCUGGCCUCUUCUAUUAACCCUCCAUCCUCUCUUACUGACAUCUCUUUUCUCUACUUUCACACCAAUUGCUAAUGUGUUGGUAUAUUUCUCUGGUCUGCUGUUGGUGUCUUUUAUUCCCUGCCUAGCCGCAGGAGACCAAGGUACAGUAGCACAAAUUACUGGCAGAUCAAUUAAGUGUGACCUUAAAAACCUCUGUCCUGGUUUAAUUGGCGGUGCUGAAGCAGGGUAAUUGUAUAAAUCAGCUGUUAAUGAGAUCGCAGCUUGUUGUGAAAAACAAGAUAAUGUGAGGAAAUGAACAUCAAUGAGCUUUGUGCCAUUUCAGGCCUGCGCUGUGGCUGUGCACAAUGAUCACUCCACUUCUCUCUCACUUUGGAUGUUGUUGUGGUUCCUGUUUUGGUGUGUUAUUUUUCCACUUCCUGGAGGUAGAAAUAUUGAUGUUAAAUUCCGGGUUAGAUAAUAGCUAAAAGUGGUAUGUCCAUAUUGCAGAGGCUUCGGGUUGUUUGUGUUUUCCCUAACAGAACAGAGCUCUGGCGGCUGGGCUCAGAGAGAGACAUGCCGUCACUAGCAGAGCAUGCUGCUAAAUAAAUCAUUAGCCUGCCGCGCUUGAGGAAAGAAAGUCAAAAUUAAAUAAAACAACCACUUUAUAUGAAAGCCAUGUAUUAGUGGAAUCUUCUGGCUGUAGGACAGAUUAAUGAGGUAUUAGAGAAGUGGAUUUUAAACAUUGUCUAGGACGUGGUCCCGAACUCUUUCAUUACUAAAGCUGUUUUACCUCAGCUGUAGAUGUUCUGACAUGGGCCAGCAUCACCUUCUCCUCCUUACUCCCCUCCCUCCUAUCUCCCUCUCUCUCCUUUUAUCUCCAAGUUUGUUUUGAUAUUUGCAAAUAAAGUUAUUUUACUGAUCGUACCAAUUUUUCUUUUAAUAACGUAUCCAUAAAAUAUGUUGUUUUGAAUUUAAUGUCCUGGGAUGGAUUGUUUAACUGUUUGGAUAAAUUAAUAUACAUAUUUUUUAAAGAUGGACAUGGAGACAUUUAUAUAUUUUGUCUGUUUUUUUUAUAAUUUCAGGUCACUUUCAUGAGUUCAAAAUCAACUAACCAGUGAUCGCUGGGUGCUGGGGGUUUAGUCUUUCUGUUCAUAACCCCACACGCUGACAUGGAGGGCUUUCUUCGUAGCAGCUUUUUACUGAGCAGAAUAAUGUCUUCCAAGCAAGCCACCUCUCCGUUUGCCUCCGUCGCCGAUGGGGAGGAAGCCAUGAGUCAGGACCACCUGUCCUGGGAUAAGGAGGAGAGUGCGGAGGCCCACGGGACGCCCCAGCUGCCCCUGCACAGCCUGCUCCACAGCAAGGGAUCCAUGGACGAACUGCAGCCCCUCAGCAGUGUCCCUCCAGAGAGUGACUGGGACAGCAUGGUGUCAGCCCAGCAGCGCAUGGAAUCUGACAGCAGUAAAGUAUGUUCCCUGUACUCCUUCCGGAAUAACUCAACCUCCCCACACAAGCCAGAGGAGGGGGCCCGGGAGCGCGGCGACCUGCUGAGCGGAUCUGCGUUCGGAACGCCGGAGCGCCGCAAAGGAAGCCUGGCCGACGUGGUGGACACACUGAAGCAGAAGAAACUGGAAGAGAUGACAAAGACAGAGCAAGAUGAAUCCAGUUGCAUGGAAACACUUCUGUCAAAAGACUGGAAAGAGAAGAUGGACAGGCUCGACACUAGUGAUCUUCUGGGAGAGGUCAAAGGUACUCCAGAGAGCCUGGUAGAGAAAGAGCACCAGCUGAGCACCAUGAUCACUCAGCUGAUCAGCCUGAGAGAGCAGCUCCUGGCCGCUCACGAUGAGCAGAAGAAGCUGGCCGCCUCACAGAUGGAGAAACAGAGGCAGCAAAUGGAGCUGGCCCGCCAGCAGCAGGAACAGUAUUAUGAAGAAGGGUGUUCCAUGAUUGCCAGACAACAGCAGCAGCUUCUGCAGCAGCAACACAAAAUCAAUAUCCUUCAGCAGCAGAUUCAGCAGGUCCAGGGUCACAUGCCUCCGCUCAUGAUCCCCAUUUUUCCACACGACCAACGAACCCUGGCAGCAGCCGCCGCAGCCCAGCAGGGCUUUCUCUUCCCACCAGGAAUCUCUUACAAGCCAGGUGAUAACUACCCGGUGCAGUUCAUUCCAUCCACAAUGGCAGCUGCGGCAGCGUCAGGACUCAGCCCCCUCCAGCUUCAGGUAUGUGCUAUGACAAAGAAUGCUGCUCAGGACGCCUGCCAAGCCCAGGGCAGAAUAACGGCUAAGCAGCUGUAUGUUAAGUAAUGAGCUGCACACUAAAUAAUCCUGGAGGCCCUAGCUCCCACAAGCUUAUCACCUUACACAUGCAGUUUACCCUGUUUUAUAGAGGAUUUAACCCCAUAGCUCCACCAGAAAUGGGAGUUAGGAUGAUAAUAGUUAUUAGAGGGAAUGAAAAUCACUCCAGUUACCUUAAUCACCUCCUGUAGAAUCUAUCAGACAGAGACUGUUUACUGUAUUAGGAAAGUUAAAUACAGACCUCUGAUGUUCCUGCAUUACACUGUAUGACCUAAAGCAGUAUGUGUUGUGUGCACAGACAGAGGGGUGUGCAGUCUAAAUGUAAUUGGGACAGAGAGAGAGCGAGAGAGAGCGUGAGAGAGACAGAAAGAGACCGAAAGAGAGAGAGACAGACAGAAAGAGAGAGAGAAAGAGAGUUAGAGAGAGAAAAAGAGACAGAAAGAGAGAGAGAAAGCGUGAGAUAGAGAGAGAG